ACAAGGCCCACCCACUGUGACUUAGGGUUUCACAUCCCUCGUAGUAUAUCAUAUCAUAUAUCAUCAGCAGCUGUUUUAUUGGCACUUCCAAACCCUAUUUGCAGGGUUCUUACCACACUAGAAGUCAAGUCUUUAAGUGCAGGAAAAUUUCUCAAAAUGAGUAAGCUCUCGAGUGAGGCCCUUAGAGAGGCGAUUACCCAAGUUACGACUGAGGCCAAGGAAAAGAAACGUAACUUCACUGAAACCAUUGAGCUUCAGAUUGGUUUGAAGAACUACGAUCCCCAAAAGGACAAGCGUUUUAGUGGUACCGUCAAGUUGCCACACAUUCCUCGUCCCAAGUUGAAGGUUUGCAUGCUCGGAGAUGCCCAGCAUGUUGAAGAGGCACAAAAGAUUGGCCUCGAAUACAUGGAUGUUGAGAGCCUGAAGAAGCUGAACAAGAACAAGAAGUUGGUGAAGAAGCUUGCUAAGAAACACCAAGCUUUUUUGGCUUCUGAGUCUGUCAUCAAGCAGAUUCCUCGUCUGUUGGGACCUGGCUUGAACAAAGCAGGCAAGUUCCCUACUCUUGUUUCCCACCAGGAGUCUCUUGAGGCUAAGGUUAACGAGACCAAGGCAACUGUGAAGUUUCAACUGAAGAAGGUUCUCUGCAUGGGAGUUGCUGUUGGUAACUGCAGUAUGGAGGAGAAGCAGAUAUUCCAGAAUGUGCAAAUGAGUGUUAACUUUCUAGUUUCAUUGCUGAAGAAGAAUUGGCAAAAUGUGAGGUGCUUAUACUUGAAGACAACAAUGGGAAAGCCAGUCCGCAUCUUUUAAGGAGUUAUUUUUAUGUUUUCAUUUGUGUUAAUGUUAAGCUCAGAGCUUGAAGAAAAUAUUUGUCAGGAACAUGAAAUAGUCUUUUUUGGCUUCUUGCAUGGUUGUUUGGUACUAAAUUUUGAGACAUAUCUUUGUUAUCAAUGUUAUUUAUCUAUUAGUGCCUCUA